GAACGCUGGAAUUGCGAGCUGAAACCUCGGGAGCCAGCAAGAAUACGCUGCGAAUACCCCUGCCAGGGCCGAGCUUUGUUUUGCCUUGUGUGAUGUGCUAUACUUGUUAAGAAGAUGUUACUACCGCUCUCACUGGGACUACUUUUAUCAUGGCUCGGGGGAACACUUGCUCUGACAUGUACCGGCAACACGGCCGGCAUCGCUGGGUGUGUGGACCCGGCAUCCUACCCAGCGCCUGCCUCGUCAGCCAACGCAGCGACUUGCGGCGUCCUUCCUUCGUGCACAACCAUCGGCUGCCCCCAUUGCGACGCGUCGCUCAAGCGCUGGGACUCGGCUGCGACGUGGACAAAUUACGCUAACCAGGUGCCGGUGUCAGGCGCGGACAAGGACGUAACUCUUCCGCCGGGCACCCGUGUGCUGCUUUCGGGCUGCAUGCUGAGCGGGGGCUCGCGCUUCCGCCGCAUCACCGUUCCCGAGGGCAGCCAGCUGGUUAUAGACGACGCGCCGCUGAACCUGACGCUGACGACGCUGCUGGUGCAAGGCAACUUCAGCAUGGGCUCCGCCAGUUGCCGCCUGCAGAGCGCCAUCUCCAUCACGUUCGCGCCCGCGGCAGGAGUGCCCACCAACAUGAUGGCGCUUAAGGGCAUGAACACCAGCACUGUGGACAUGCACGGCGUGCUGUUCACGCCCACUUGGACGCGCCUGACUCAGACGGCGGCCCCGGGCACUCGUUGGGUGACUGUGCGCGACGCAGUCAACUGGCGUGUGGGGCAGCUGGUGGCCGUCCCUACCAGCGUGUGGAAAGACGAGUGCCGCAACCAGAACGAGGUCAGGCAGAUCCAGAGCGUCAGCGCCGACGGCAAGAACAUCACAUUCACGACGGCGCUGCAGUUUUUGCACUACGGGGGCCCCGAGUACCAGACGGAAGUGGUGCUCCUGAGUCGCAGCAUCCUGUUGCAAGGCAGCCCCGAGUCCGCGGCCGAGCUGGCGGGCGGGCACGUGCGCAUUGAGAGCAAGCGCGGGCGCAUCCGCGGCGUGCUGGGCUACCGCAUGGGCCAGCAGUUUCAGAUGGGCAGCUACCCGUUCCAUUUCCACAUGGCGGGCGAGGUGCCGUCUGACAGCUACAUGACCGACAACGCAGUGUACGCCAGCUACUGGCGAGCCUUCACCAUCCACGGCACGCACGCGCUGACGGUGGCCAGCAACACCGCCUUCCACGUGGCCGGCUCGGCGUUCUACAUUGAGGACGGUGCGGAGGAGCGCAACCGUAUCACCGGCAACUUCGCCGGCUUCGUGCACCCGCUGGGCCGUGUGGAUACGUGCGACGCGGUCGGCAGCGUGUUCGGCGCGCCCACCAUCUACCAGUCGGCUACACUGCUGCAACCUGCCGACUGGGCCGCUGCAGGCUUCUACUUGAGCAACGCCUACAACUACAUCGACAACAACGCGGCCAGUGGCGGCACCAGCGGCUUCAUGUUCCUGAACCUGCCCUUGCCGAUCGGGCUGAACCGCAACGUGCCGCUGGAGCCCUACAAGCGGCCCCCGCUGAGCUUCAGCGGCAACACCGCGCACUCGUCCGGCUAUCACUGGGACAAUGCGGGUGCAAUCUACUGCGGCGGCAACCUGCAGUACGACACAGACAACGUGACGCUGAUCUAUAAGAUUGAGCGGUCCACGUUUGACCCCACAGACCCGGCCAACUCCUCGUUGCCGGUCAAGUUUGUGCUGCGCAACACCAAAGUAUGGCUGGGCGGCUUCUCGGUCGCUUCCUACGGCGACCGCUUCUUGGUGGACGGCUUUGAGUCGCAUGACGGCACCAUGGGCGCGGCGGUGCGCGGUGACCCCAACGAGCUGCUCAAUGCCGACCUGAACCUCAACUCCGCCCACGCCGGCUGGCUGACUGCCAACAUCCCCAAUGACCUGCAACAAGGCUACCGCGUUGGUCUGCAGUUCUACGACACGUGGAUGCGGCACCUUAUGUCUAACGUCACCAUCCGCAACGUGGUGUACAGCACCACCGAGUGGCUCACGCAGGCGGCCCUGGUGGCGUUGACAUUUUCGGACCAGUUUAAGCCGUUCCACGUGGCCAGCAUACGGGGCAUCCGCCUAGUGAACGUGACCAAGGCGGCCGUGUUGAGCAACCCUGUGGUCCGCACUGGGUCGUGGCGCUUCUACAACUUCCUGGACGCGGACGGCUCCUUCACGGGCACCAAGCGCCCCACGCUGGUAGCGUCCUACUCCGCCACCAACAACACCGGGCCCUGCGAUGCCGCUGCGCCCACACCCUGCACCUCGAGCUUCAACUGGUGGCGCACGGACACGGCCUGCACAGCCACGCCGCCGAACGUGCCUGCAACGUCGAACGUCCUCGCGUGUGACUGGUACCCAUGGCGCACCCAGGCGCGCCUGAGGCUGGAGGUGCCGAGCUAUGACCUCACGACUGAGGAGGCUGGCUGGCUGUGGCCUUCCGUCAACAACAUCAACGUGUACGACGCCGGCGUGGUGGCGCAGUUCGGCCAGACCGGCGCCAACCGCCGCGCCACCAUCAUCACUCGGGCCGAGGGCGUGACGGGCCUGACGGGGCGCGGCGGCUGGUACGCGCACUGGAGCCUGGGCGCACCCAAGUACGUCAAGGUACAUCUGGAGACUGUGCCCCGCGGCACCUCCGUCAUCUUUGCUACGCGCUACCCCGCCGGCACCACCUUCAGCAUCACCCGCGUGGCCAGCUCCUGGCUGGUGCCUGACGGGCAGCUGCUGCCCGCGACCAGCCUGGCGGCGGUGCUGGGCAGCGACUCCGGCGAGUUCUACUUCUUUGACGGCAAGCUGCUGUACCUGAAGCUGGUGGACCUUUGGGAGGAGCCGUACCAGGGUCGGCUGCCGGCCCGGAGCGGCGGGCUGAUGGUGCCCGGCAGCCGCUGGGAGGAGUACUAUGAGGUGACGGCCAGCAUCCCUGGCUGCUCCACGUCGCCGUACCCCAGCCAGAACGGACAAGACUUCUCUGGGCAGUUCUGUGCCAUGAACGGCACUGUGGACAGCUUCAUCCCGCCCGCCAUCACGGCGGCCUACAACGAAUGGACCAUCCCCUACUGCGCCGAGGUGGCGCCGCCGCUGAGCGUAUGCAGCGCACUCAACGUGUCUGCCGGCAACUGCACCUGCGCGACGUUGCAGCAGCAGGGCCGCUGCGCUGACAUGGGAACCGGCGGCGUGUGGCUGGGCAACACGUCGGACGCCAACCUGCGUGCCAAUGUGGCCAAGACGCUCGGCUACUGCUCUGUGACGUGCGGUCGCUGCAGCGAGGGCCAGGAGUGGUGCCGCGACAUCCCCAUCAUGCCGCUCAGCCUGUCCAAGAACCAGACGUGCUCGCAGAUGGUUCCGCUGGGCCGCUGCUACGAGGUGGCGCCCAAGGGCUACUGCCACGACACGUGUGGCGUGUGCAGCGGCGCAGGGCUGCCGUGUGUGGACCUGCGCUGGACAGAUCAGUACACAUGCGCCGACCUCAAGUCUUGGGGCUCGUGCAAUGACACCUGGGUCACGGACAACAACUUUUGUCGAAAGACGUGCGGCGCGUGCACGGGCAUGCCCCGGCCACCGUCGCCGCGGCCGCCUUCGCCACGCCCGCCAUCUCCUUCGCCUCCGUCGCCACGCCCACCAUCGCCGCCCUCACCUCCCUCGCCUAGCCCGCCCUCUCCUAAGCCGCCCUCGCCACCGUCUCCUCCUUCACCCAGCCCACCGUCUCCCAAGCCGCCUACACCGCCAUCCCCCGUGCCGCCCUCGCCCAAGCCUCCCGUGCCGCCUUCUCCCGUACCACCCUCACCGAAGCCCCCUGCGCCUCCUUCGCCCUCCCCGCCAUCUCCCAAGCCGCCCGCGCCCUCUCCCCCUCCGGUCCCUCCAUCCCCAAAGCCACCGUCUCCCUCGCCGCCCACACCUCCCAAGCCGCCGUCGCCUUCCCCGCCCUCGCCGUCGAACAGCCCUUGGCGUUGCACCGGCAACACGGCCGGCAUCGCUGGGUGUGUGGACCCGGCAUCCUACCCAGCGCCUGCCUCGUCAGCCAACGCAGCGACUUGCGGCGUCCUUCCUUCGUGCACAACCAUCGGCUGCCCCCAUUGCGACGCGUCGCUCAAGCGCUGGGACUCGGCUGCGACGUGGACAAAUUACGCUAACCAGGUGCCGGUGUCAGGCGCGGACAAGGACGUAACUCUUCCGCCGGGCACCCGUGUGCUGCUUUCGGGCUGCAUGCUGAGCGGGGGCUCGCGCUUCCGCCGCAUCACCGUUCCCGAGGGCAGCCAGCUGGUUAUAGACGACGCGCCGCUGAACCUGACGCUGACCACGCUGCUGGUGCAAGGCAACUUCAGUAUGGGCUCCGCCAGCUGCCGCCUGCAGAGCGCCAUCUCCAUCACGUUCGCGCCCGCGGCAGGAGUGCCCACCAACAUGAUGGCGCUCAAGGGCAUGAACACCAGCACUGUGGACAUGCACGGCGUGCUGUUCACGCCCACUUGGACGCGGCUGACUCAGACAGCGGCCCCGGGCACUCGUUGGGUGACUGUGCGCGACGCAGUCAACUGGCGUGUGGGGCAGCUGGUGGCCGUCCCUACCAGCGUGUGGAAAGACGAGUGCCGCAACCAGAACGAGGUCAGGCAGAUCCAGAGCAUCAGCGCCGACGGCAAGAACAUCACAUUCACGACGGCGCUGCAGUUUUUGCACUACGGGGGCCCCGAGUACCAGACGGAAGUGGUGCUCCUGAGCCGCAGCAUCCUGUUGCAAGGCAGCCCCGAGUCCGCGGCCGAGCUGGCGGGCGGGCACGUGCGCAUUGAGAGCAAGCGCGGGCGCAUCCGCGGCGUGCUGGGCUACCGCAUGGGCCAGCAGUUUCAGAUGGGCAGCUACCCGUUCCAUUUCCACAUGGCGGGCGAGGUGCCGUCUGACAGCUACAUGACCGACAACGCAGUGUACGCCAGCUACUGGCGAGCCUUCACCAUCCACGGCACGCACGCGCUGACGGUGGCCAGCAACACCGCCUUCCACGUGGCCGGCUCGGCGUUCUACAUUGAGGACGGCGCGGAGGAGCGCAACCGCAUCAGCGGCAACUUUGCCGGCUUCGUGCACCCGCUGGGCCGUGUGGACACGUGCGACGCGGUUGGCAGCGUGUUCGGCGCGCCCACCAUCUACCAGUCUGCUACACUGCUGCAGCCUGCCGACUGGGCCGCUGCUGGCUUCUACCUUAGCAACGCCUACAACUACAUCGACAACAACGCGGCCAGUGGCGGCACCAGCGGCUUCAUGUUCCUGAAUCUGCCCUUGCCGAUCGGGCUGAACCGCAACGUGCCGCUGGAGCCCUACAAGCGGCCCCCGCUGAGCUUCAGCGGCAACACCGCGCACUCGUCCGGCUAUCACUGGGACAAUGCGGGUGCAAUCUACUGCGGCGGUAACCUGCAGUACGACACAGACAACGUGACGCUGAUCUACAAGAUUGAGCGGUCCACGUUUGACCCCACAGACACGGCCAACUCUUCGUUACCGGUCAAGUUUGUGUUGCGCAACACCAAAGUGUGGCUGGGCGGCUUCUCAGUCGCUUCCUAUGGCGACCGGUUCUUGGUGGACGGCUUUGAGUCGCAUGACGGCACCAUGGGCGCGGCGGUGCGCGGUGACCCCAAUGAGCUGCUCAAUGCCGACCUGAACCUCAACUCCGCCCACGCCGGCUGGCUGACUGCCAACAUCCCCAAUGACCUGCAACAAGGCUACCGCUUCGGUCUGCAGUUCUACGACACGUGGAUGCGGCACCUUAUGUCCAACGUCACCAUCCGCAACGUGGUGUACAGCAGCACCGAGUGGCUCACGCAGGCGGCGCUGGUGGCAUUGACCUUUUCGGACCAGUUUAAGCCGUUCCACGUGGCCAGCAUUCGGGGCAUCCGCCUAGUGAACGUGACCAAGGCGGCCGUGUUGAGCAACCCCGUGGUCCGCACUGGGUCAUGGCGCUUCUACAACUUCCUGGACGCGGACGGUUCCUUCACGGGCACCAAGCGCCCCACGCUGGUAGCGUCCUACUCCGCCACCAACAACACCGGGCCCUGCGAUGCCGCUGCGCCCACACCCUGCACCUCGAGCUUUAACUGGUGGCGCACGGACACGGCCUGCACGGCCACGCCGCCAAAUGUGUACCCAUGGCGCACCCAGGGGCGCCUGAGGCUGGAGGUGCCGAGCUAUGACCUCACGACUGAAGAGGCUGGCUGGUUGUGGCCUUCCGUCAACAACAUCAACGUGUACGACGCCGGCGUGGUGGCGCAGUUCGGCCAGACCGGCGCCAACCGCCGCGCCACCAUCAUCACUCGGGCCGAGGGCGUGACGGGCCUGACGGGGCGCGGCGGCUGGUACGCGCACUGGAGCCUGGGCGCACCCAAGUACGUCAAGGUGCAUUUGGAGACUGUGCCCCGCGGCACCUCCAUCAUCUUUGCUACACGCUACCCCGCCGGCACCACCUUCAGCAUCACCCGCGUGGCCAGCUCCUGGCUGGUGCCUGACGGGCAGCUGCUGCCCGCGACCAGCCUGGCGGCGGUGCUGGGCAGCGACUCCGGCGAGUUCUACUUCUUUGACGGCAAGCUGCUGUACCUGAAGCUGGUGGACCUUUGGGAGGAGCCGUACCAGGGUCGGCUGCCGGCCCGGAGCGGCGGGCUGAUGGUGCCCGGCAGCCGCUGGGAGGAGUACUAUGAGGUGACGGCCAGCAUCCCUGGCUGCUCCACGUCGCCGUACCCCAGCCAGAACGGACAAGACUUCUCUGGGCAGUUCUGUGCCAUGAACGGCACUGUGGACAGCUUCAUCCCGCCCGCCAUCACGGCGGCCUACAACGAAUGGACCAUCCCCUACUGCGCCGAGGUGGCGCCGCCGCUGAGCGUAUGCAGCGCACUCAACGUGUCUGCCGGCAACUGCACCUGCGCGACGUUGCAGCAGCAGGGCCGCUGCGCUGACAUGGGAACCGGCGGCGUGUGGCUGGGCAACACGUCGGACGCCAACCUGCGUGCCAAUGUGGCCAAGACGCUCGGCUACUGCUCUGUGACGUGCGGUCGCUGCAGCGAGGGCCAGGAGUGGUGCCGCGACAUCCCCAUCAUGCCGCUCAGCCUGUCCAAGAACCAGACGUGCUCGCAGAUGGUUCCGCUGGGCCGCUGCUACGAGGUGGCGCCCAAGGGCUACUGCCACGACACGUGUGGCGUGUGCAGCGGCGCAGGGCUGCCGUGUGUGGACCUGCGCUGGACAGAUCAGUACACAUGCGCCGACCUCAAGUCUUGGGGCUCGUGCAAUGACACCUGGGUCACGGACAACAACUUUUGUCGAAAGACGUGCGGCGCGUGCACGGGCAUGCCCCGGCCACCGUCGCCGCGGCCGCCUUCGCCACGCCCGCCAUCUCCUUCGCCUCCGUCGCCACGCCCACCAUCGCCGCCCUCACCUCCCUCGCCUAGCCCGCCCUCUCCUAAGCCGCCCUCGCCACCGUCUCCUCCUUCACCCAGCCCACCGUCUCCCAAGCCGCCUACACCGCCAUCCCCCGUGCCGCCCUCGCCCAAGCCUCCCGUGCCGCCUUCUCCCGUACCACCCUCACCGAAGCCCCCUGCGCCUCCUUCGCCCUCCCCGCCAUCUCCCAAGCCGCCCGCGCCCUCUCCCCCUCCGGUCCCUCCAUCCCCAAAGCCACCGUCUCCCUCGCCGCCCACACCUCCCAAGCCGCCGUCGCCUUCCCCGCCCUCGCCGUCGAACAGCCCUUGGCGUUGCACCGGCAACACGGCCGGCAUCGCUGGGUGUGUGGACCCGGCAUCCUACCCAGCGCCUGCCUCGUCAGCCAACGCAGCGACUUGCGGCGUCCUUCCUUCGUGCACAACCAUCGGCUGCCCCCAUUGCGACGCGUCGCUCAAGCGCUGGGACUCGGCUGCGACGUGGACAAAUUACGCUAACCAGGUGCCGGUGUCAGGCGCGGACAAGGACGUAACUCUUCCGCCGGGCACCCGUGUGCUGCUUUCGGGCUGCAUGCUGAGCGGGGGCUCGCGCUUCCGCCGCAUCACCGUUCCCGAGGGCAGCCAGCUGGUUAUAGACGACGCGCCGCUGAACCUGACGCUGACCACGCUGCUGGUGCAAGGCAACUUCAGUAUGGGCUCCGCCAGCUGCCGCCUGCAGAGCGCCAUCUCCAUCACGUUCGCGCCCGCGGCAGGAGUGCCCACCAACAUGAUGGCGCUCAAGGGCAUGAACACCAGCACUGUGGACAUGCACGGCGUGCUGUUCACGCCCACUUGGACGCGGCUGACUCAGACAGCGGCCCCGGGCACUCGUUGGGUGACUGUGCGCGACGCAGUCAACUGGCGUGUGGGGCAGCUGGUGGCCGUCCCUACCAGCGUGUGGAAAGACGAGUGCCGCAACCAGAACGAGGUCAGGCAGAUCCAGAGCAUCAGCGCCGACGGCAAGAACAUCACAUUCACGACGGCGCUGCAGUUUUUGCACUACGGGGGCCCCGAGUACCAGACGGAAGUGGUGCUCCUGAGCCGCAGCAUCCUGUUGCAAGGCAGCCCCGAGUCCGCGGCCGAGCUGGCGGGCGGGCACGUGCGCAUUGAGAGCAAGCGCGGGCGCAUCCGCGGCGUGCUGGGCUACCGCAUGGGCCAGCAGUUUCAGAUGGGCAGCUACCCGUUCCAUUUCCACAUGGCGGGCGAGGUGCCGUCUGACAGCUACAUGACCGACAACGCAGUGUACGCCAGCUACUGGCGAGCCUUCACCAUCCACGGCACGCACGCGCUGACGGUGGCCAGCAACACCGCCUUCCACGUGGCCGGCUCGGCGUUCUACAUUGAGGACGGCGCGGAGGAGCGCAACCGCAUCAGCGGCAACUUUGCCGGCUUCGUGCACCCGCUGGGCCGUGUGGACACGUGCGACGCGGUUGGCAGCGUGUUCGGCGCGCCCACCAUCUACCAGUCUGCUACACUGCUGCAGCCUGCCGACUGGGCCGCUGCUGGCUUCUACCUUAGCAACGCCUACAACUACAUCGACAACAACGCGGCCAGUGGCGGCACCAGCGGCUUCAUGUUCCUGAACCUGCCCUUGCCGAUCGGGCUGAACCGCAACGUGCCGCUGGAGCCCUACAAGCGGCCCCCGCUGAGCUUCAGCGGCAACACCGCGCACUCGUCCGGCUAUCACUGGGACAAUGCGGGUGCAAUCUACUGCGGCGGUAACCUGCAGUACGACACAGACAACGUGACGCUGAUCUACAAGAUUGAGCGGUCCACGUUUGACCCCACAGACACGGCCAACUCUUCGUUACCGGUCAAGUUUGUGUUGCGCAACACCAAAGUGUGGCUGGGCGGCUUCUCAGUCGCUUCCUAUGGCGACCGGUUCUUGGUGGACGGCUUUGAGUCGCAUGACGGCACCAUGGGCGCGGCGGUGCGCGGUGACCCCAAUGAGCUGCUCAAUGCCGACCUGAACCUCAACUCCGCCCACGCCGGCUGGCUGACUGCCAACAUCCCCAAUGACCUGCAACAAGGCUACCGCUUCGGUCUGCAGUUCUACGACACGUGGAUGCGGCACCUUAUGUCCAACGUCACCAUCCGCAACGUGGUGUACAGCAGCACCGAGUGGCUCACGCAGGCGGCGCUGGUGGCAUUGACCUUUUCGGACCAGUUUAAGCCGUUCCACGUGGCCAGCAUUCGGGGCAUCCGCCUAGUGAACGUGACCAAGGCGGCCGUGUUGAGCAACCCCGUGGUCCGCACUGGGUCAUGGCGCUUCUACAACUUCCUGGACGCGGACGGUUCCUUCACGGGCACCAAGCGCCCCACGCUGGUAGCGUCCUACUCCGCCACCAACAACACCGGGCCCUGCGAUGCCGCUGCGCCCACACCCUGCACCUCGAGCUUUAACUGGUGGCGCACGGACACGGCCUGCACGGCCACGCCGCCAAAUGUGCCUGCAACGUCGAACGUCCUCGCGUGUGACUGGUACCCAUGGCGCACCCAGGGGCGCCUGAGGCUGGAGGUGCCGAGCUAUGACCUCACGACUGAAGAGGCUGGCUGGUUGUGGCCUUCCGUCAACAACAUCAACGUGUACGACGCCGGCGUGGUGGCGCAGUUCGGCCAGACCGGCGCCAGCCGCCGCGCCACCAUCAUCACUCGGGCCGAGGGCGUGACGGGCCUGACGGGGCGCGGCGGCUGGUACGCGCACUGGAGCCUGGGCGCACCCAAGUACGUCAAGGUGCAUUUGGAGACUGUGCCCCGCGGCACCUCCAUCAUCUUUGCUACGCGCUACCCCGCCGGCACCACCUUCAGCAUCACCCGCGUGGCCAGCUCCUGGCUGGUGCCUGACGGGCAGCUGCUGCCCGCGACCAGCCUGGCGGCGGUGCUGGGCAGCGACUCCGGCGAGUUCUACUUCUUUGACGGCAAGCUGCUGUACCUGAAGCUGGUGGACCUUUGGGAGGAGCCGUACCAGGGUCGGCUGCCGGCCCGGAGCGGCGGGCUGAUGGUGCCCGGCAGCCGCUGGGAGGAGUACUAUGAGGUGACGGCCAGCAUCCCUGGCUGCUCCACGUCGCCGUACCCCAGUCAGAACGGACAAGACUUCUCUGGGCAGUUCUGUGCCAUGAACGGCACUGUGGACAGCUUCAUCCCGCCCGCCAUCACGGCGGCCUACAACGAAUGGACCAUCCCCUACUGCGCCGAGGUGGCGCCGCCGCUGAGCGUAUGCAGCGCACUCAACGUGUCUGCCGGCAACUGCACCUGCGCGACGUUGCAGCAGCAGGGCCGCUGCGCUGACAUGGGAACCGGCGGCGUGUGGCUGGGCAACACGUCGGACGCCAACCUGCGUGCCAAUGUGGCCAAGACGCUCGGCUACUGCUCUGUGACGUGCGGUCGCUGCAGCGAGGGCCAGGAGUGGUGCCGCGACAUCCCCAUCAUGCCGCUCAGCCUGUCCAAGAACCAGACGUGCUCGCAGAUGGUUCCGCUGGGCCGCUGCUACGAGGUGGCGCCCAAGGGCUACUGCCACGACACGUGUGGCGUGUGCAGCGGCGCAGGGCUGCCGUGUGUGGACCUGCGCUGGACAGAUCAGUACACAUGCGCCGACCUCAAGUCUUGGGGCUCGUGCAAUGACACCUGGGUCACGGACAACAACUUUUGUCGAAAGACGUGCGGCGCGUGCACGGGCAUGCCCCGGCCACCGUCGCCGCGGCCGCCUUCGCCACGCCCGCCAUCUCCUUCGCCACCUUUGCCUCCAGCUCCACCUUCACCGAGCCCCCCAUCGCCCCCCAAGCCGCCCAGUCCAGUGCCGCCGAGCCCCUCGCCCCCUAGUCCAGUUCCACCCGGUAGCUCGGCUGUUUUGCGUACAGCUACCACGCAAGACACCACCGCGCCUGCAGAUGCCGCUUUGGACGCGUCUCCUGUUGCGCUCGAAUCCACCACAUCUGGAUCCACAUCACAGCAGCAGCAGAGUACUGACAGCAGCAGUGCGGGCAGGAUUGGCGCGGGCCCAGAUAGCAGCGACGCCCAGCAAGGGCAGGUUGCAGCUGCCGGUGCUCACGGGCAGUUACAACCAGAUAGCCUGGCCGACGGUGCAAGUGGCGGAGGCGGAGGCUCGGGAGCCCGUGGCCCCCCUGCAGCAGUGGUGGCUGGGGCGGCAGCUGCGGGUGUACUUGUUGCGGUUCUGGCGGCGGUGGCUGCCACAGUGGCUGUCCUGCGGUCCAGGCGCCAAAGCGCCGGCGGCGCACCAGCUAUGGGCACCGGCCGUGUGGUUCCGCUGGAGGUCAUUUCUGAGGGCGGCAUGGAGGCGCCGGUGCCGCCGGCCCCGAAGAAAGCACCAAGCUUACAGAAACGUCGGAGCAACCGGACGAUGAGCAUUGGCAAGAACGCUGUUCAUCCCGCGCCUGCAGUCCUGCAUGGCAGGAGGUCAAGCAGUGGGUUCGGGAAUGACACUGAAGACGCUGAGGAUUAGAUGUAUACAUUCAUGUUUCAAACGUGUACAGCUCCUGAUGGCAGGACUACCAGGACUUGAGCAGCCACGGGUCAGCUCCAACUGCCCACAGGGCACAAUUGUUUGGACGCAUGGGGUGCCUCAAUCUUCUGGCGUAGGGACAGGACGCGCAGCGACAUCUGAAAUAUGAUGCGUCACCAGCGUGAGGGUUGCUGACAAGUGUGAAAUUGAUGACUGCGUUUGCACGCGGGAUUGUGUGUACAUACGGUACGUCGAACGCAACAGGGAUUCAUUUAAGUGGCUAACACGCGAGGCGCUUACGGAGCUUCUUGGUAAGUGACCAGCUGACCACAGGGUGGCAUUCAUCAUUGGUGUGGGUACAGUGCUACCCACCACGUAUGAUACCGGAUUGAGAAUUGAUCGCUUGGUAGCGUAUGACGUGGAGCUGGCUAGGCAUGCGUGUGCGCGAAUGUGAGGAAUGAUUGAUCAGAAGGGCCGUGUGCUGAGACUGAGGGUGCAGGUUGAUGCCCCUCGAUGAAGCUUCCUCUCCUACUUAUGGCACAUGUUACCAUAUGAGCAAGGUACGGGUCGUUCCACAGCUUCAUUUGCGGAAGCUUCUGGAGUGUGAUGGAUCGGACGAAGUGCUUCUGGGGUGUCUUGUAUCGAGCAGCCCCAAGAAGAUACAGCAUUUCCUGGGGGUGAGCAGUCCUUGCAUCUAGAUUGCGCCAUGGUGGUGAUGAGGCUUCUCGGGUAUGGUAGUACAUGACAUUCCCAGUGACGAGGCCAUGGUUGAACUCGCGUCUGUCGAUUGCAGGUUCCUUAGGUGUCUCCCAUGAUUGUCUGGUCCGUCAUGUAAGGGAAUUCGAGAGACCCGGGAAGUUGUAUUGGUAUAGAAGACGUGCAUAAUCGACAGCCCCAUUUGGGGCCGCCAUAAGGGAUGGCCCCUGCAUGCUUGCGCGCUCGGGUUGCCCUCUCUUGUAACACCCGCAAUCA